AUGACACAGGACGCCCUGUCAGUGAGGUCGAAGAUUUGCCCCCUGCCUACGCUUAAAGACAGUAGGAGGAAACACCGAUGAGCUAAAUCCCGGUGAGCAUUCCAGUCCUGACAAAAGGAACAACAUUGCACCACCACCACCACCACCACCACCACCACCACCACCACCACCACCACCAACACCAUCACCACCACCACCAACACCCCUAUCAUCACCACCACCACCGCCGCCGCCGCCGCCGCCACCACCACCACCGCCACCACCAGCGGUGUAG